ACAAUAACAGCUUUGUACAGUAUAAAAUGUAAUAAUAGUACAGUAUAAAGUGUAAUAAUAAUAAUAAUAACAAUAACACAUAGAUAUUGUUAUUUCAUCACAUAUUGGGAAAUCGUUGAUAGAGAUAUCCUGCAGACAGUUGCUAGCGAUUUCAUAACACGGCGCAUUAUAAAUAAAUAGCCAGUCAUGAAGUUUCUAUACAAAGAAGACCAUCCAUUUGAAUACAGGAAACGAGAAGGCGAAAAAAUUCGUAAGAAGUAUCCAGACAGAGUGCCAGUGAUUGUGGAAAAAGCGCCAAAAGCCAGAGUUCCGAAUCUAGACAAAAGAAAGUACCUAGUGCCAUCGGAGCUCACAGUGGGUCAGUUCUAUUUCCUCAUUCGGAAGAGGAUUCACCUACGUCCUGAAGAUGCUCUCUUCUUCUUCAUCAACAACACCAUCCCCCCGACCAGCACGACCAUGGGCCUUCUGUACCAGGAAAAUCAUGAAGAUGAUUUUUUCCUCUAUGUAGCGUACAGUGAUGAGAGUGUGUAUGGACUGAGAGAGGGAGAGAGAAGAGGAGGGGAGAGAUGGGGAGAAGAGGAUGAGGGGUGAACAGAGGGAUGGAUAGAUGGGGACAAGGGAAGUGGGAGAGAAUUGGUGAGGAGAGGGAUAGGAAGAAGUAAAAAGAAGUGGCAGAGGAAGGAGGGAAGGUAAGACGAAAGGGGAGGGAGAGCAGAUAGGAUAGUAGGGAGGAAGGUGAGAGAAGAGAUGAGUGAGGGUAUGUGAGGGGAAGAGGGGAUAGAGGAAUAACAAGGAAAGGAGUGAGGUAAAGGUAGAGGAAGAGAAGAGGAUUGAGACAUAUCCCUCAAUGUUCAGAAUGUCUGUAAAAUUGUAAAGAUAUUUAUCCUUGAAGAGAUAGCUGCUUUUUUUUCUGUCUGAUCCGUUGAAACAGGAUUUAUGUUCAAUUCCGUUCAGUUCCAUUGAUUUUGUGCAAUAAAUGGUGUUGCGAAUAAAAACCAUGCAAGCAAGUCUGA